AUGACAACGUAUUUUGAUGAAAAUCAGAAGCAGAAAACUGAUACAGAAUCUGUGUCAGUAUCAGUUUUCCCUCCAAACAAAAUCCCAAUUAUCGUAGAGCCUGAAGGUGAGUUACCCUUUUUCCUUGAUCAGAAUAAGUUCCUUGUACCUGAUUAUUUCACAGUUCAUGAGCUUUUAUUUCAUUUGAGAAGAAGACUGCAACUACCUAAAACUCAUGCGAUUUUCCUCUUAAUAAACGGAAAACAGCUUGCUAAAUUAGACACGAAAAUUUUAAACUUAUAUGAAGAGUGCCAAGAAAAAGACAAAAUAUUGUAUAUCAAAUAUUUAACGGAGCCUACACUUGGUAGUUUUUAA